CGCGUCCGACUUUCCGAGUCACUUGUUCGCAUUCAACAGUAGGGGACGACGCCAUGUCCGUGGCGCCGCAUUUGCUCAAGCGCCAAGCGACGUCGUUCAAGGAUCGCAUUCAGCACGCCCAUAGCUCGUGGGACCUAUGGGCGAUCGGAACAACCAUCGUGAUCGGGGGUCAGUUCAUUUCGUGGAACGCCGGGCUCGUCAUUGGCGCUGCCGAAUACGGGGUCGCCGUCGUCAUCAUGGGCAUCGCGUACACGUGCCUGGCCUGUUCGAUGGCUGAAAUGUCGAGCAUGCUGCCGUUCGCGGGCGGCGUGUACGGCCUCGGGCGGUGCACGUUGGGGUUUUCAAUCGGUUUUGUCCUCGGGUGCUGCGAAGUCCUGGAGUAUGCCAUGUACGUGGCCACGAUGAACGUGACAUUGGGCAACAUGGUCGUCGUGCGGUGGCCCGACGUUGCUCCGUACCAGCCCUACGUGUGGGUCGCGGCGCACGGGUUCUCGUUGGCGCUGCUGUUCGUCGGCGGCAAAGCGUUUUGGAAAUUCAACCUCGUGCUGGCCAUGGUGCUCGUGCUCCAAGUGCUCGUGUCCUGCCUCGGGUUUGCCUCCGUCGCCAACUUGAAGCUCUACGCACGCAACUCGACCGAGUUGCCGACGGCCGCGACAUCUGUGCUCGACUGGUUCACAACGCUUCCGAUCGCAUCGUGGUUCUACGUUGGCAUCGAAGGCAUAAACACGCUCUGCAACGAAGUAGUCGACCCGAAGAAUACAAUUCCCCGUGGCCAAGUCGCUGCCAUCAUGACCAUGGUGCUCACUGGCAUAUGCGUCUUCCUCACGGCGAUCAGCUGUCCGCCAGGCAUAUCUGACCUCAUCACGUCCAUUGCGGUCUUCAACGGCGGCUACACGCACUUCCUCGGUCUCUCUGUCCCCGAUGCCACGGUGCUGUCGAUUCCCGCUUGCUUUGCAUGUAUUCCCGGCUUUCUCCUAACCAUGGCAAACAUCCUUGCGUCCAUGGCCGAGUCCAAGUUGAUUCCGUACGGACUGCACCGCCGCCACCCAACGUUUGGAACCCCCGUCCGCACACUCGUGGUAUCCAUUCUCCUGAGCCUCGGGCUCAGCUUUGUCGUGCAUUUUGUCCCGAAUGCUGCCACGACCAUGUACAACUUGAGUCUGAGCUUUGGCACACUCGCGUACGUGUCACAAUGCAUUGGGUACAUUUUCCUGAAGAAGCGGUAUCCGACGAUGAAGCGGGAAUUCCACAGCCCGUUUGGCGUAGCUGGGGCAAUUGUUGCCAUGGCGAUCUUCGUCGCCAGCUUCAUUUCGCUCAUGGUGCUCCAGCCAUCUUCGAGGAAUGCCAACAUUUUCUUUGCAGCGAUCCUUUUCCUCCUCACGUUGUACUAUCACUUGCAUGCAAAACGCCGCCAAACGAUCUCGGACGACGAACGCAAGAUUCUCUUCUUUGUCCAUGUCGCAAAUCACAACGAAGCGAAGCGCAGACAUGGCCGACCGCCACAUGGCAUCAUGAAAGUGUUUUACAUCCUCACGACGCGACGGUCAUCGGUGACGGCAAAGACCGCUCAAACGGCAGUCCAGGACCAUCCACACGGUUCAAAGGCACCACCGGUCGGGACACAUGCCCCCCCGCGGGCUACAGAUUUGCCGCCCGGCGCUGACAAACAAGCAUAGCCGAUACGAUGUUGUAAUUGUUGUCUCGAUGUUUUGAGAACGGG